UUCGUCUGGGGUGUGGACUCCAAGAAGAGGGCAGGGCAGAAGUGGGCGGACGGGUCGCUCCUGGUGUUUGUGCAUUUAGACGCAGGGUUUGAAACCAGUGUCGCUGAGUGAAGGAGGAAUUACACUUGAAGACACAGACGGCCGACAGUCGACACACAGUCAUCAUGCUGAUCCUCCUCGCUGCCAUCUUUGCCAUUCACAUCAUCGGCAUCAUCCUCCUCCUGGUGGCUACUAUUGACAAUGCCUGGUGGAUGACUGACACCAUGGCCACCGACGUGUGGGGCCGCUGGAUCCUGGAAAAGGGGGGCGCUUGGAACUUCACCGAUCUUCCCGAAGGAUCACACUACCCACAAGAUUACCUCCAGGCAGUACAGGCCAGCUCCAUCCUCGCUUGCAUCUUCUCCAUCGUGGGCAUCUUCGUGUUCGUGGCUCAGCUCUUCACCCUCGACAAAGGAAAGAGGUUCACCAUCUCCGGCAUCUUCCAGUUCCUCGCCUGCCUGUGCAUCAUGAUCGCGGCCUCCAUCUACACAGACAUUUUCCACAAGAACGAAAACGAAGGUUGGUAUGGUCACUGCUUCAUCCUGGCGUGGAUCUCCUUCGCUCUCACAUUAAUCUCCUCCAUCACUUACUUUGUGCUACGCAAGAAGACGGCGUGAGAAGGACACUAGAUCUCGCUCCGACCGGCCCCAACUCUUCUUGGUUGGAUCUACCCUUCCAGCUGAAAUCUGGGUUUAGUUCGAUUUUUGCAGAUUUGAGCUGCCAGUGUAAAUCCAGCUGCAGAUAGAACAGAUGUGUUGAUCCUCCCAAAUACAAACUGAGUGUUUUACUGAGUCUGCCUCCAGAGGAUCAGGAUGUUUUUUCUGCUCAGUCGAUCCCUGUUUUUGUAUUUGAGGGAGUUUUCAAUCUAGAGGUUUGAGCUGGUUUUCUUGUGGGCAUCUAAGGAUUAAGAAUAUUAUUUUUGUAGUUAUCUGAACCAAAAAGGCCUUGAUGUUAAUAAGAUGAUAAAUUAAGAUCUAACAUUGUGUCCGGCUUGUAAAGAAAGCUGAAGAGUGAAAUCUGUGGUCUUUUUUUUUUUAGUAAUGUACAUUUAUAUAUGGAUACGAGUGUCGGAUAAAGAAAUGCGACUUUAUGAUUUAAUUUUUUUUUCUUUCGAUAUUAUAUUGUUAGUUCUGUUACCUGCUCUGUUCUGACGUCACAAAAAGUGCCACUAAUUGACAAGCAACACGAUGCCGUGGAUUUUUUAAAGUGCUCUGUGUGUGUGUGUGUGUUCUCACCAUGAAAACUAUGCGAUGACAUCAAGUGAAAAAUCAAUAAUGAUUUCUUUUGGUGAUUAGGAAAAACCAACAAAUCCGUGUUAAUGUUAGAUAUCUCUGAUCUCUGGACCCAAUAAACUGACGAAACGUGUCAGAACUUUUUCAAACUGUUGAGAAUAUCGUCUUACGCACACACGUACGUAUGAAACGUGACAUUUUACACAAAUGGAAUAACCAAAUAUGGACGUAAAUCCAAACACGUAACAUAUCACUGUCAUAUACUUUCCUUCCUUUGAAUCUUAAGAGUGUGAGACAUAAUGUGUAAAUAUGAUUUGUUUCCCACGAUGUUCCACAUGUCAGAUGGUUUAAUUUUACUUUGUUAUUUCUCACCGUGAAUGAAAAUGAUUUUAAAAUAUUAAAACUUGAUUUUCAACCAGUUA